UGGUGUGUGAGACUGCUGUCGACUGGCAUGGAAACUAAAAUAAUUUAUUUCACAGUAAAUGGAAGACCAGAGCAGGCGGAGUUUCCUCUUGAUUGUCCUGCACAAGAUGUCAAAGACCUCUUCCGAUCGGCAGCUGAAGCUGGUCCGCAUGAUAUCCUAAAACUCUACAAUCCCAAGGGCAAUAUCAUUAAUAUCUCCCCUCAGCUGACGCCCAACAGCCCUCACACAUGCUACAAGCUGGAGGUGGUUGCUGCAGACUGCAACAGUGAGCCAUUAGGUACAGAGCUGACAGUGUCACUCGGCUUUGAUCUGUCCUCCAUGGAGAAAAGGUUACAAAGUCUAGAGAAGAAGAUUCUUAUUGAAUCUGGCAAGACUCCAGCUGUUGUUUAUGAGAUGAAGCAACAGGUGGAGUCAUUCAGGGAAAAGCUUGAGAGUGUUGAGCACCUGAGCUGGCUGGGUCUGUUUAAGGAAAUGUCUGAGGGUACUCACAAACCCUCUCCAUUCUACCACAAGAGAACAUUGCGCAAGACACGUGAAGAGUGUGAACAUGUCAAGGAAAAGUUCUUCCAGAUGAGUUCCCUGGAGGUCUCCGAGGAGGUGAGGCAAUACCUUAAGACACCAACCUUCGAUAACUGGCAGUGGGAAGAUGCUGAGAUCAUGGUGUUGCUCCAGGUGAUGUACACAGACCUGGACUUUAUCUCCACCUUUAACAUAGAGCUGGAUGUGCUGCAGCAUUUCCUCUACGAAGUCUACAAGCGUUACAACAACAUCCCUUUCCACAACUUCAAGCACUGCUUCUGUGUCACUCAAAUGAUGUAUGGCCUGAUAUGGCUAACAGAUCUGAGGGCUAAGAUAGAUAGCAUCGAUCUCUUAAUCAUGCUGACCUCAGCUGUGUGUCAUGAUCUAGACCACACUGGUUACAACAAUGCUUACCAGAUUAAUGCUCGCACUGAACUCGCCUUGAGGUACAACGACAUCUCUCCUUUGGAAAAUCAUCACUGUGCUGUAGCAUUUGAGAUCCUGGAAAAGACCGAAAGCAACAUCUUCCGGAACCUGACAACAGAUCAAUACAAGAGGAUAAGGGAGGGCAUAAUUAAGUGUAUCCUGGCCACAGACAUGAGCAGGCACUCUGAGAUCCUCAACAAGUUUAAAGCCAUUCUGCCUGUGUUUGACUUCAGCAACAAGGACCACAGGGAUGUGCUGAUGAUGAUUAUGAUCAAAGUGAGUGACAUCUCUAAUGAAGCGAGGCCCAUGGACGUGGCAGAGCCAUGGCUGGACUGCUUGUUGCAGGAGUUUUUCAACCAGAGUGACAUGGAGAAGCUAGAGGGACUUCCUGUCACACCAUUUAUGGACCGGGACAAGGUGACUAAACCCUCCUCUCAGACUGGCUUCAUUCGCUUUGUUCUCUUCCCGCUGUUCAUCGAGCUUGCUAAUCUCUUCCCCUGUCUUGAGCAACAUAUCAUUGACCCAGUGAGGAAAGCCCUGGACUAUUACACAGAGAUGGAGAAAGCAUUAGAAAGAGAGAAGCAGAAUCGAACCCACAGUGAAAAAACAACUAAGCCCAAAGAGAGUACAAACGACUCUGAACUUCCACUAGAGCCUGAAUCAUCAAUGAAACCAAGCUCUGUGUAACGACAACAUGCUGGUUGUGUGUAGUAGUGGGAGAGAAUACUAUAGUUUUACUGAAUAAUUGGCUUCCUUUGUAAACAUUACGAAAAACAAAAAAUAAAUAAAAAAUAUUAGAUGUUUAAUAAUAUUUGGUUCAGACCCUGUUAGACAACUGUGAUGUACAUGCUAUUCUGUCUAAGGAAAGGACUAAUUUAAAAGCUGUUUGCAGUGUGAAGGGUUUUAAAUUUUUUCCUUUAAAUUGCAAAAUGGUCUUUAUUGAAUUUUGGUACUACAAAUAAAUUUAAUUGAAGUGAAAGUGAACAAUGUGCUGUUAAUAUAUUUAACCAAAUUAACCUGUGUGAGGGCGUAGUAUUCCGCAAGAAAGCCCAUAAACUAUUAAUACUUUACAGGAUAAUAUAAUGUGAUAAAUGAUAAUAUAUAGUGUACAACUCAGUGUCUUUUAAGAACAUGUACUGAGCAUGUACAUAGUAAGGCUGUGAUAACAUCGCUUUUGCAUCUGUCAAUAUAAUACUUCAUAAUUAAAUAAUUAACAUUCUUAUGGCUCUCAGGUCAGCGAUCCUGUUCCUACUCUGUACUAUUGCAUUUUGGGUGUAGCCUCAGUGUCUCAUGGCUGCCUGUAUGAGAACAGAUGAAUAAAUGAACAGAGAUGAUGUCCAGAUGCUUUGUUCACUAACAGUCUCAGUGUCAACAUUUGUUACAGCCAUGUGAAAGCAAAAUACACAUUAGCCAAGAACCAGCAGUAGGCGGUGCCUAAAUUAAAUGCAAGGAAUGAAAUCAAGUAGGAGGAUGAGUGACAAAUGGCAUUUUUAGCAAUAUACAGCAAAUAGAUGAAAGCGAAGCUAGUUGUUUAUAUUUGGAUUGUUUUGUCGCACAAUCUCAAUGACACACAAGCUUAAUAUAGGAACUGGCACACGGAGUCCACACAGGCAGGCUAUAACCAAUUGGAACCAGCUUGGAA